AUGCGUAGGCAGUUCGGUGAAAACGAGCAGAUUGCCUCACAAGUCCACGAGACCCUUGUGCGAUACCUUCUCGAUAAGUAUUCCGAGAAGGGGGGUAUCACCUACGAAAAGAUCAACGCGUACAUCACAAGUGCGAGAGAAGUCAACGUGGACAACAUUCUAACUAUGGCGCUGGACUACAUCUUUCGUAACUUUGGCGAACUGUAUCAUGCGGUUUGUGAUGCCGUCGAAACGGCAAGGGAUAGGGGUCCUGUGCGAUGGACGCCAGGCAACUUGGUCGAAAGACUCGAGAGGGUGAAGAAGGAGCAAGAAUGGGGACAAAGGGGAGGUUAUAUGGAUGAGCGAUAA